GUAGUCGAUUCAAAACACGAUCACGUGAUAUGGAUUUGGCUUAGGGUUGGAAGAAGAUCAGGAAACACAGUCUUCGGUUAACGGUCGUGCAACAUUUUGCUGCCGGUGUGACAUAUUUCUCUUAUAGUAACGUGGUGAUCGUUCUUUUUCCCUGUUAAAAGAUAUUUAAAGAAAUGAGUACCAGCAUACUUGAUCUUCCUACUGAACUUCUCACAAAAAUUCUUCGAUAUUUCAAUGAACGAGAUCGUGUGGCGUUUGGUUGCACUUGUAGGAGGUUGGACAAUUUUAUGUUCGGUGAUGCGAAGUUAGAGAGGGAUUUGGAUUUUUCAAAAAAUGGAUGGCAAACAGAACCCAGACAUCUCCAAUAUUAUUUUAGCAAUGUAAUCAACUGUGCGCAAUUACGUAAAAUAAACAUAGCCAACGCGAUUUGCAUAAAGGCUGGAGAGAUGUUGGACACCACGAUUGGCAAGGCAGUAAACCUUGUUGACGUUAAUAUACAUGGGACUAAGUUCGACACCGUUUUACAGCUGAGUUCUUUUCUGAAAUGCGUAAUACACGUUAAGAGGCUAGCCAUUGAUUGGCCAAACGAUGAUAAAGGAAGUUUUAGAAAUUGUGUUAAUCUUUUGAGUGAACCAUUCAGCAAGCUUCACUAUUUGUCAUUAUGCGUGCUGGCUUACAACAGGAAUUGUCUUCCUCUUAUAUCAUACUGUGAUGAGCUCGAGGAGCUCCGUGUAAAUUCAAUGGAACCUCCUGGUGGACCCGUGAUAAGGAUGCGGUGGCGUCAGGUAUCAAAUAAGCUAACGAAAAUUAAAAUUGUUCAAGUUCGUGGAUGGGAUGCCCUUGGAUCUAUAAAGGAUUACAUUCUUUCUAUGCUUCCGGAUAGUAGGCAAUGGACAGAUUUCGAACAGAUUUAUAUGCGUCGGGCAAACGGUUUCUAUUUAGAAAAAGAUGUCGACGUUCAUGAAAACCUACUGGCAAGACACGUAACAAGAAGAUAUCGAGAUUCCUGGUACAAAUACUACUAUGCAAUUGGUUGGACUGUAAUAGCAGAAUCUUUGUUGCCAAGUGUAGUCAGUCUCACCCAUGUAGACGCACCAAAAAGGUAUUGUUGUUUGCACCGAUAUCGUGUAGGUCUAAAUUUACCGGAAGGCACGUGUCUACUAAAACCAGAAGAAGCAAAGCGGCUGUUAGAGAACCCUGAGUAUCAGAUAUCUUUCUUACUACUGAGACAUACCAUAGAACUGGAUUGUGAUGCACAUUUAUUGCUAUCGGCAUUCCCAAGCGUGACACAACUUGUUUUAUGGCACGUAGUAAAACUACCAGUUGAAAUGAAAAGAAAGAAAUACUGGAGGAGACGUCUCGCCAAGCGAGGUAAAGAAGAAUUUCGCCAAAGGGAUGUAUUGAUGAAAGAUACGGAUUCUUCUUUCAAACUUCUAAUAGAAAACACGCCGAAUGUCCAGGAUAUAACGUUUCAUGCCUAUAUUUCUCGCAAUGAUACUCGAGUUGCGCUGUGGGACUUGGAUGCUUUAUUCCUUUUUCCAAAUUGGAAAAAACUCACGACCUUACGUUUGGCCUACAUACCUAUUCAAGAUGCCACAGCUUUGAUCUAUAUUGGAGAACACUGUCCAAACUUGGAGACAAUAGUGUUAAAUUGUCUGGGCUGGGCACAAUCCUGCAUCUUUACAAAACAGCUCGCGGAAAUGCUAAUUCACUGUCGUAAAUUGAAGAAUUUUUCAUGGGAACAGAACUGGAUAACUGAAUUAUAUGACGUGUUCAGUUCCCUUGCCCUGAACGGACAUAUCGAAAAUAUCCGUGUAAUACAUGGGAGGGGACAAUCAAAUACCUCGCGUUUGGCCGCAUCAAUUGAAAAUCUAAUUCGGACUUGCACUCAAUUACAUACAUUUAAAUCUGUUAGUUACGCGACCGCCAAACGUGAUAAUGACAAGCUGAUCGCUUUGUUGCGAAGAUUAAAGAAGGAAGUAAUGCGUCCAUUCCAAUUUCAAGUAGUUGAUCCUUCGUAUCAUAAAAGUUAUCGUCCAGAAACUAUAGAUAUCGUUCAUUAUGACCGCCCGAAUUCGCCCUUUUCUGAAGAGUUGAACUGGAUGUACUUUACACCCAAAACCACUGUAAAACAUGAAGGAUCCGAGAGUGAGAAUCUUUAAUGUUCAUCACUGUUUUUCAUUGCACGAAAUCAAUUAUCUUUGCAUGUACCUGUUACUUAGAUUUACGUAAUGUUUAUGCACAAGUAUUUUUUUUUCAAUACAAGUAAUUGUGAAAAGUUAA